GCAGUGUCGGCUUAUAAACAGGCGAGCGCAGCGCUAUGAGUUACAGUCGAGACUCAGAGAACACACGAGAAACACAGAGAGGAGAGAAAAAGACAGACAGCAUCCACACUCUUCAAAUAGAGCUUAUCACUACACUUAUCAGUAGUCUUUAUAGAAAUCGGAGACCAUUUGACACGAGAUCAACAUCAAGAUGAGAUUGCUCUGCGUGUUCCUGCUGGUGGCCGGCAGCGUUUUUGCCGAAGAGGACGACAAGAAGGAUAGUGUCGGGACCGUGAUUGGAAUAGACCUCGGGACGACCUACUCCUGUGUUGGAGUGUUCAAGAACGGCCGUGUCGAGAUCAUCGCUAAUGACCAGGGAAACCGCAUCACUCCGUCAUACGUGGCCUUCACCACCGAAGGUGAGCGUCUCAUCGGAGAUGCUGCGAAGAACCAGCUGACCUCCAACCCAGAGAACACCGUCUUUGAUGCCAAGAGGUUGAUCGGACGCACGUGGGGCGACUCGUCCGUGCAACAGGACAUUAAAUACUUUCCCUUUAAGGUUAUUGAGAAGAAGAACAAGCCUCACAUCCAGCUGGACAUCGGAUCAGGUCAGAUGAAGACUUUCGCCCCUGAGGAAAUCUCUGCUAUGGUUCUGACUAAAAUGAAGGAAACUGCAGAGGCUUACCUUGGAAAGAAGGUCACACAUGCUGUGGUCACUGUGCCCGCUUAUUUCAAUGAUGCCCAGCGCCAGGCCACCAAAGAUGCAGGAACCAUCGCCGGUCUGAACGUCAUGAGGAUCAUCAAUGAGCCAACCGCAGAUGGUAUGGACAAGAGGGAUGGUGAGAAGAACAUCCUGGUGUUUGAUCUUGGUGGCGGCACCUUCGACGUUUCCCUGCUGACCAUCGAUAACGGCGUCUUCGAGGUGGUGGCCACCAACGGAGACACUCACCUCGGCGGCGAAGACUUCGAUCAGCGUGUCAUGGAGCACUUCAUCAAGCUAUACAAGAAGAAAACCGGCAAGGAUGUGCGCAAGGACAACCGCGCCGUGCAGAAGCUGCGUCGUGAGGUGGAGAAGGCCAAGAGAGCGCUGUCCGCCCAGCACCAGGCCCGCAUCGAGAUCGAGUCCUUCUUCGAGGGUGAAGACUUCUCCGAGACGCUGACUCGCGCCAAGUUUGAGGAGCUCAACAUGGACUUGUUCCGCUCCACCAUGAAACCAGUGCAGAAGGUUCUGGAAGACUCUGACCUGAAGAAGACUGACAUUGACGAGAUCGUCCUGGUCGGUGGCUCCACUCGUAUUCCCAAGAUCCAGCAGCUGGUGAAGGAGUUCUUCAACGGCAAGGAGCCGUCCAGAGGAAUCAACCCGGAUGAGGCCGUGGCUUACGGAGCCGCCGUCCAGGCUGGAGUCCUGUCAGGAGAAGAGGACACUGGUGACCUGGUGCUUCUGGACGUUUGCCCUUUGACACUGGGCAUUGAGACGGUCGGAGGAGUGAUGACCAAACUCAUUCCCAGGAACACCGUUGUACCCACCAAGAAAUCCCAGAUCUUCUCCACCGCUUCUGACAACCAGCCAACUGUCACCAUCAAAGUUUAUGAAGGUGAGCGUCCGCUAACUAAAGAUAACCACCUUCUGGGCACCUUUGACCUGACCGGCAUCCCUCCGGCUCCCCGCGGCGUCCCUCAGAUCGAGGUCACCUUUGAGAUUGACGUCAACGGCAUCCUACGUGUCACCGCAGAGGAUAAGGGCACGGGCAACAAGAACAAGAUCACCAUCACCAAUGACCAGAACCGACUGACCCCUGAGGACAUUGAGCGCAUGGUGAACGAGGCUGAACGCUUCGCCGAUGAGGACAAGAAGCUGAAGGAGCGCAUCGACGCCCGCAACGAGCUGGAGAGCUACGCCUACUCCCUGAAGAACCAGAUCGGGGAUAAGGAAAAGCUGGGUGGCAAACUGUCGUCCGAGGACAAAGAGACCAUCGAGAAGGCAGUCGAGGAGAAGAUAGAGUGGCUGGAGUCUCACCAGGAAGCAGACCUCGAGGACUUCCAGGCCAAGAAGAAGGAGCUGGAGGAAAUUGUACAGCCCAUCGUAAGCAAGCUGUACGGUAGCGCGGGCGGCCCGCCACCGGAGGAGGGUGAGGAUCAGGGUGACAAGGACGAGUUGUAGAUCGUCUGGACUCUGUUUUCAGUCGCGUUGGCGCCCUCACCUCUCUAGGUGUACAUAUUGAACACGAUGGACAUUUUGUACGAGGCUGGGUGAACGUAAAGCCUCGAAUCUCUUCGGGAAAGACUUGAGGGAAGCGUUAGAGUUGCGUUUGUUGUCUUAUUUUCUCUUCACUCCGGUGGAGAUUUUGUCAGCCUGGUUUGAGGCUCGAUGCUGCUGUUCUCAGGCAGUUCUGUGAGGGGGGGUGCUCGGGGUCAGGGGUUACUGGAUGGAUGUCAUGUCACAUGCUCAAAGUUAUUUAUUGAAAUCUGGCAAUUGUAGAAGACAUUUCUACCACAAUUACAAAAUAAAAGUUUGUA